UGUUAACCACUACAAGACGUUGGCGCUAGAUUUCUGUUACGUAAUCGACAUGUCUUUUGGAGGACCACCUUCGAAUAAUUCAGGAUUUAAAGUUACCCCUCCAGAUAGAGGUUCCUUUCCUCUAGACCACUAUGCCGAAUGUAAAGAACAAAUGAUGCUUUACGUGAAUUGUCUCAAGAACAAUUCCAGUACAUCCACAGCUUGUCGGGAUAUUAGCAAGGAAUAUCUUAAUUGCCGGAUGAACAGAGGGCUGAUGCAACUGGAAGACUGGGAAAGUCUUGGGUUAGCGAAUGUGGGCAAGGAUGCAUCUUCAGGAAAAGGCAUUAACAAGAACAGUAUAUCUACGAACUCUACAAGUAAUGCUUGAAGCUCAAUGCAACGAUUGCCAGCAGUCAAUUAUGCAUUAUACUACAGCUACGGAUACUAUUCCUACGGAGAAUCCCUUUCCGCUCGAAAUGGAAAUUUAUACUUCUCGGUCACUAUCAGUUGCACGUUCGUCCCAUGUUGAAACAACGAUUUGACUUCGACUCCAAUUUUGACCUGCG